AUGGCUUGGGUGUACCUAACUACACAGAAAGUGGACACGGUAAAGGCGCACCAGACGGCGUUGGGGCUACAUGCAAAAGAACAGUUGAUUUUGCUGUUAAUUCUGGGGGUGAUAUCAACAAUAUCGAUCAGUUUGUCAAAUCAAUCCAAGAGCCUUGGCAUCACAAGUAUCCCAACUGACGGUAAUGACAUCCAGGCAAUGAUCGAUAAAAUUGAAAAGGAAGCAUCCGGCGCUGGGAUCAGUUUGAUCCUUGCACUUGCAGUCGCUCGUGGAUAUGUAGUAGAUUCCAAUCAGAAUGGGUGCCCCUUUGACUUAACCGUUGAAAAGUUGCUUGAGCACGAAUAUUGCAACAAGUUCUAUCAAUGUUUAAGAGGUGAAUUAGUUGAACACACGUGUCCUAAAGGUUUAUUUUUCAACAUUGAAGUUGAUCAAUGCGAUUGGUCGGAAAAUGUUGAUUGUGGAAACAGAGUCAUAGCUGAUAAUGAGGAUAAAGAUGACUCUGACGAAGAUGAUAGCAAUAACGAUAGUGGUGGCAAUUGCAACCCUGGCGAGGCACCCAUAAUCUGUGCAGCUAAAGGUUCCGACGGUGUACUAAUAGCUCACGAGAACUGUAACCAGUUUUACAAAUGUUCAGAAGGAGUACCAAUAGCGUUGUUCUGUCCAGCAAAUCUUUUGUACAAUCCAAAGACAGAACAAUGCGACUGGCCUCGAAAUGUACAGUGUGGCAACAGGGUUAUUCCUGGAGAUAACGAAAGUGCCGGAGGGGAUAGCGGAGGCAGUGGUAUUGGCAAUGAUGGUUCAGGAGUAGGCAGUGAUGGUAAUAACAAAAGUUGCAACUGUAAUCCAGGAGAAGCUGCCUCCAUUUGCGCAGCUCAAGGAUCUGAAGGUCAAUUUGUAGCUCAUGAAAAUUGUAACCAGUUGUAUAAGUGUUGUGAUGGCAAACCAAUGACGAUGACCUGUCCGGCUGGUCUUCUUUAUAAUGCUUACACUGAGCUAUGCGAUUGGCCUCAAAACGUUAAAUGUGGUGAUAGAGUUAUCCCAGAAAACAACGGAAAUGGAGAUAGUGGAAGUAGCGGAGGAGGAAGCGGAGGUGGUGGCAGCAUUGAUGGCGGUAACGGAGAAAGUGGUAAUGACAAUAACAAUACUUGCAACUGCAAUCCCGAAGAAGCUCCCACCAUCUGCGCUGCUGAAGGAUCUGAAGGGGCACUUGUUGCUCAUGAAAAUUGUUCUCAAUUUUACAAAUGUUGUAAUGGAAAACCACUGUCGAUGACCUGUCCAGCAGGUCUUUUUUAUAACGCUUACAUUGAGCUAUGCGAUUGGCCACAAAACGUACAGUGCGGUGACCGAGUAAUUCCAGAAGAUAACGAUAAUGAUGAAAGCAGUGCGGGAGGAGGCAGCGGUGAUGGCGAAUCAGAAGGUGGUGGUGACAACAACAGUACUUGCAACUGCGAUCCCGGAGAAGCACCCUCAAUCUGCGCCGUCAAAGAAUCAGACGGCAUUCUUGUUGCUCAUGAAAAUUGUAACCAGUUCUAUAUAUGCUCCAACGGCUUGCCCGUAGUACAAAGUUGCCCCGCAAAUCUUCUGUACAACCCUUACACUGAGCGAUGCGAUUGGCAUGAAAACGUACAAUGUGGUGACAGAGUUAUAUCUGGAGGAGGUAGUGACAACAAUAAUAACACUUGCAACUGUAAUCCCGGAGAAGCACCCUCAAUCUGCGCCGGUGAAGGAUCAGAAGGCGUUCUUAUAGCUCACGUAAAUUGUAACCAGUUCUACACAUGCUCUAGCGGCUUGCCCAUAGUACAAAGUUGCCCUAUAAAUCUGUUCUACAAUCCUUAUACUGAGCGAUGCGAUUGGCCUGAUAAUGUAGUAUGUGGUGACAGAGUAAUUCCUGGGGGUAGCGGUAAUGGAGACAGCGGAGGUGGUGGCUCUGGAGGCGGUGGAUCUGGAGGCGGUGGCUCUGGAGGCGGUGGCUCUGGAGGCGGUGGCUCUGGAGGCGGUGGCUCUGGAGGCGGUGGCUCUGGAGGCGGUGGAUCUGGAGGUGGUGGCUCUGGAGGCAGUGGAUCUGGAGGCGGUGGCUCUGGAGGCGGUGGCUCUGGAGGUGGUGGCUCUGGAGGUGGUGGCUCUGGAAGUGGUGGCUCUGGAGGCGGUGGCUCUGGAGGUGGUGGCUCUGGAGGCGGUGGUUCUGGAGGCGGUGGAUCUGGAGGCGGUGGCUCUGGAGGCGGUGGCUCUGGAGGCGGUGGCUCUGGAGGCGGUGGCUCUGGAGGCGGUGGCUCUGGAGGCGGUGGCUCUGGAGGCGGUGGCUCUGGAGGCGGUGGCUCUGGAGGCGGUGGCUCUGGAGGCGGUGGCUCUGGAGGCGGUGGCUCUGGAGGCAGUGGCUCUGGAGGCGGUGGAUCUGGUGGCGGUGGCUCUGGAGGCGGUGGAUCUGGAGGCGGUGGCUCUGGAGGCGGCGGCUCUGGAGGUGGUGGCUCUGGAGGUGGUGGCUCUGGAGGCGGUGGUUCUGGAGGCGGUGGAUCUGGAGGCGGUGGCUCUGGAAGCGGUGGCUCUGGAGGCGGUGGCUCUGGUGGUGGUGGUAGUAACAAUAACAACACUUGCAACUGCAAUCCCGGAGAAGCACCCUCAAUCUGCGCCGUCAAAGGAUCAGAAGGCAUCCUUGUUGCUCAUGAAAAUUGUAACCAGUUCUACAUAUGCUCUAACGGCUUGCCCGUAGUCAAAAGUUGCCCUGCAAAUCUUCUGUACAACCCUUACACUGAGCAAUGCGAUUGGCCUGAAAAUGUAGUAUGUGGUGACAGAGUAAUUCCAGAGGAUUGCGGUGAUGGAGACAGCGGCAGUGGCGGAGGAGAAAGCGGAGGUGGUGGCUCUGAAGGCGGUGGCUCUGGAGGCGGUGGCUCUGGAGGCGGUGGCUCUGGAGGCGGUGGCUCUGGAGGCGGUGGCUCUGGAGGCGGUGGCUCUGGAGGCGGUGGCUCUGGCGGCGGUGGAUCUGGAGGCGGUGGCUCUGGAGGCGGUGGCACUGGAGGUGGUGGCUCUGGAGGCGGUGGCUCUGGAGGCGGUGGCUCUGGUGGUGGUGAUAGUAACAAUAACAACACUUGCAACUGCAAUCCCGGAGAAGCACCCUCAAUCUGCGCCGUCAAAGGAUCAGAAGGCAUCCUUGUUGCUCAUGAGAAUUGUAACCAGUUCUACAUAUGCUCUAACGGCUUGCCCGUAGUCAAAAGUUGCCCUGCAAAUCUUCUGUACAACCCUUACACUGAGCAAUGCGAUUGGCCUGAAAAUGUAGUAUGUGGUGACAGAGUAAUUCCAGAGGAUUGCGGUGAUGGAGACAGCGGCAGUGGCGGAGGAGAAAGCGGAGGUGGUGGCUCUGGAGGCGGUGGCUCUGGAGGCGGUGGCUCUGGAGGCGGUGGCUCUGGAGGCGGUGGCUCUGGAGGCGGUGGCUCUGGAGGCGGUGGCUCUGGAGGCGGUGGCUCUGGAGGCGGUGGCUCUGGCGGCGGUGGAUCUGGAGGCGGUGGCUCUGGAGGCGGUGGCACUGGAGGUGGUGGCUCUGGAGGCGGUGGCUCUGGAGGCGGUGGCUCUGGUGGUGGUGAUAGUAACAAUAACAACACUUGCAACUGCAAUCCCGGAGAAGCACCCUCAAUCUGCGCCGUCAAAGGAUCAGAAGGCAUCCUUGUUGCUCAUGAGAAUUGUAACCAGUUCUACAUAUGCUCUAACGGCUUGCCCGUAGUCAAAAGUUGCCCUGCAAAUCUUCUGUACAACCCUUACACUGAGCAAUGCGAUUGGCCUGAAAAUGUAGUAUGUGGUGACAGAGUAAUUCCAGAGGAUUGCGGUGAUGGAGACAGCGGCAGUGGCGGAGGAGAAAGCGGAGGUGGUGGCUCUGGAGGCGGUGGCUCUGGAGGCGGUGGCUCUGAAGGCGGUGGCUCUGGAGGCGGUGGCUCUGGAGGCGGUGGCUCUGGAGGCGGUGGCUCUGGAGGCGGUGGCUCUGGAGGCGGUGGCUCUGGAGGCGGUGGCUCUGGCGGCGGUGGAUCUGGAGGCGGUGGCUCUGGAGGCGGUGGCACUGGAGGUGGUGGCUCUGGAGGCGGUGACUCUGGAGGCGGUGGUUCUGGUGGUGGUGAUAGUAACAAUAACAACACUUGCAACUGCAAUCCCGGAGAAGCACCCUCAAUCUGCGCCGUCAAAGGAUCAGAAGGCAUCCUUGUUGCUCAUGAGAAUUGUAACCAGUUCUACAUAUGCUCUAACGGCUUGCCCGUAGUCAAAAGUUGCCCUGCAAAUCUUCUGUACAACCCUUACACUGAGCAAUGCGAUUGGCCUGAAAAUGUAGUAUGUGGUGACAGAGUAAUUCCAGAGGAUUGCGAUAAUGGAAACAGCGGCAGUGGCGGAGAAAGCGGAGGUGGUGGCUCUGGAGGCGGUGGAUCUGGAGGCGGUGGCUCUGGAGGCGGUGGCUCUGGAGGCGGUGGCUCUGGAGGAGGUGGCUCUGGAGGCGGUGGCUCUGGAGGCGGUGGCACUGGAGGUGGUGGCUCUGGUGGCGGUGGUAGUGACAAUAACGACACUUGCAACUGCAAUCCCGGAGAAGCACCCUCAAUCUGCGCCGUCAAAGGAUCGGAAGGCAUCCUUGUUGCUCAUGAAAAUUGUAACCAGUUCUACAUAUGCUCUAACGGCUUGCCCGUAGUCAAAAGUUGCCCUGCAAAUCUUCUGUACAACCCUUACACUGAGCAAUGCGAUUGGCCUGAAAAUGUAGUAUGUGGUGACAGAGUAAUUCCAGAGGAUUGCGAUAAUGGAGACAGCGGCAGUGGCGGAGGAGAAAGCGGAGGUGGUGGCUCUGGAGGCGGUGGAUCUGGAGGCGGUGGAUCUGGAGGCGGUGGCUCUGGAGGCGGUGGCUCUGAAGGCGGUGGCUCUGGAGGAGGUGGCUCUGGAGGCGGUGGCUCUGGAGGCGGUGGCUCUGGAGGCGGUGGAUCUGGAGGCGGUGGCUCUGGAGGCGGUGGCUCUGGAGGUGGUGGCUCUGGUGGCGGUGGUAGUGACAAUAACAACACUUGCAACUGCAAUCCCGGAGAAGCACCCUCAAUCUGCGCCGUCAAAGGAUCGGAAGGCAUCCUUGUUGCUCAUGAAAAUUGUAACCAGUUCUACAUAUGCUCUAACGGCUUGCCCGUAGUCAAAAGUUGCCCUGCAAAUCUUCUGUACAACCCUUACACUGAGCAAUGCGAUUGGCCUGAAAAUGUAGUAUGUGGUGACAGAGUAAUUCCAGAGGAUUGCGAUAAUGGAGACAGCGGCAGUGGCGGAGGAGAAAGCGGAGGUGGUGGCUCUGGAGGCGGUGGCUCUGGAGGCGGCGGCUCUGGAGGCGGUGGCUCUGGAGGCGGUGGCUCUGGAGGCGGUGGAUCUGGAGGCGGUGGCUCUGGAGGCGGUGGCUCUGGAGGAGGUGGCUCUGGAGGCGGUGGCUCUGGAGGCGGUGGCUCUGGAGGCGGUGGCUCUGGAGGUGGUGGCUCUGGAGGCGAUGGCUCUGGUGGCGGUGGUAGUGACAAUAAUAACACUUGCAACUGCAAUCCCGGAGAAGCACCCUCAAUCUGUGCCGUCAAAGGAUCAGAAGGCAUCCUUGUUGCUCAUGAAAAUUGUAACCAGUUCUACAUAUGCUCUAACGGCUUGCCCGUAGUCAAAAGUUGCCCUGCAAAUCUUCUGUACAACCCUUACACUGAGCAAUGCGAUUGGCCUGAAAAUGUAGUAUGUGGUGACAGAGUAAUUCCAGAGGAUUGCGAUAAUGGAGACAGCGGCAGUGGCGGAGGAGAAAGCGGAGGUGGUGGCUCUGGAGGCGGUGGAUCUGGAGGCGGUGGCUCUGGAGGCGGUGGCUCUGGAGGAGGUGGCUCUGGAGGCGGUGGCUCUGUAGGCGGUGGCUCUGGAGGCGGUGGCUCUGGAGGAGGUGGCUCUGGAGGCGGUGGCUCUGGAGGCGGUGGCUCUGGAGGCGGUGGCUCUGGAGGUGGUGGCUCUGGAGGCGGUGGCUCUGGUGGCGGUGGUAGUGACAAUAACAACACUUGCAACUGCAAUCCCGGAGAAGCACCCUCAAUCUGCGCCGUCAAAGGAUCAGAAGGCAUCCUUGUUGCUCAUGAAAAUUGUAACCAGUUCUACAUAUGCUCUAACGGCUUGCCCGUAGUCAAAAGUUGCCCUGCAAAUCUUCUGUACAACCCUUACACUGAGCAAUGCGAUUGGCCUGAAAAUGUAGUAUGUGGUGACAGAGUAAUUCCAGAGGAUUGCGAUAAUGGAGACAGCGGCAGUGGCGGAGGAGAAAGCGGAGGUGGUGGCUCUGGAGGCGGUGGAUCUGGAAGCGGUGGCUCUGGAGGCGGUGGCUCUGGAGGCGGUGGCUCUGGAGGCGGUGGCACUGGAGGUGGUGGCUCUGGUGGCGGUGGUAGUGACAAUAACAACACUUGCAACUGCAAUCCAGGAGAAGCACCUUCAAUCUGCGCCGUGAAAGAAUCAGAAGGCAUCCUUGUUGCUCAUGAAAAUUGUAACCAGUUCUAUAAAUGCUCCAAUGGCUUGCCUAUAGUACAAAGUUGCCCAGUAAAGCUGCUGUACAACCCUUACACUGAGCGAUGCGAUUGGCCUGAAAAUGUAGUAUGUGGUGACAGAGUAAUUCCAGAGGAUAGCGGUAAUGGAGACAGCGGUAGUGGCGAAGGAGAAAGCGGAGAUGGUGGCUCUGGAGGCGGUGGCUCUGGAGGCGGUGGCUCUGGAGGCGGUGGCUCUGGAGGCGGUGGCUCUGGAGGCGGUGGCUCUGGAAGCGGUGGCUCUGGAGGCGGUGGCUCUGGAGGCGAGGGUAGCGUCAAUAACAACACAUGUAAUUGCAAUCCCGGUGAAGCUCCCUCAAUCUGCGCCGUAAAAGGAUCAGAAGGCAUUCUUGUUGCUCAUGAAAAUUGUAACCAGUUCUAUAAAUGCUCCAAUGGCUUGCCUAUAGUACAAAGUUGCCCAGUAAAGCUGCUGUACAACCCUUACACUGAGCGAUGCGAUUGGCCUGAAAACGUACAGUGCGGUAACAGAGUAAUUCCAGAGGACAGCGGUAAUGGAGACAGCGGCAAUGGAAGCGGUGGAGAUAAUGGCGAUGGUGUAUCUGGAGGUGGUGGUAGCGACAGUAACAACACUUGCAACUGUAAUCCCGGAGAAGCUCCUUCAAUCUGCGCCGCUGAAGGUUCAGAAGGUGUUCUUGUUGCUAAUGAAAAUUGUAAUCAGUUCUAUACAUGCUCCAAUGGCCAGCCCGUAGUACAAAGUUGCCCAGUAAAUCUUUUUUAUAACCCGUACACUGAGCGAUGCGAUUGGCCUGAAAACGUACAGUGCGGUGACAGAGUAAUUCCAGAGGAUUGCGGUAAUGGAGACAGCAGCAGUGGUGGAGGAGAAAGCGGAAGUGGUGGUAGUGGAUCUGGAAGCGGUGGCUCUGGAGGCGGCGGAGAUAACGGUGUAGACAGUAACAACACUUGCAACUGUAAUCCCGGAGAAGCUCCUUCAAUCUGCGCCGCUGAAGGUUCAGAAGGUGUUCUUGUUGCUAAUGAAAAUUGUAAUCAGUUCUAUAUAUGUUCCAAUGGCCUGCCCGUAGUACAAAGUUGCCCAGUAAAUCUGUUUUACAACCCGUACACUGAGCGAUGCGAUUGGCCUGAAAACGUACAGUGCGGUGACAGAGUAAUUCCAGAGGAUUACGGUAAUGGAGACAGUGGCAGUGGGGGAGGAGGAAGCGGAGGUGGUAGUAGUGAAUCUGGAGGCAAUGGUAACGAUAAUAGUGACACUUGCAACUGCAAUCCUAGAGAAGCUGCUUCAAUCUGCGCCGUUGACGGAUCCGAAGGCGUUCUUGUUGCUCAUGAAAAUUGUAACCAGUUCUUUACAUGUUCUAAUGGCUUGCCCGUAGCUCAAAAUUGUCCAGUAAAUCUGCUGUACAACCCUUAUACUGAGCGAUGUGAUUGGCCAGAUAAAGUAGAUUGUGGUAAUCGUAUUAUAUCCGACAAUGAUGAGGAAAAUAAUGAUGCUGAAGAUAACAAACCUGAAUCUGGUAACAGUGAUCCUAGUAAAGCACCUACUAUCUGUGCUACUGAAGGUUCCGAUGGAGUGCUAAUUGCUCACGAAAAUUGCAACCAAUUCUACAAAUGCUAUGAAGGUGUACCUGUUGUCUUUAAUUGUUCGCCAAAUCUUUUAUACAAUCCUGUGCACGAAUGGUGCGACUGGGCACAGAAUGUAGAUUGUGGUAACAGAAUUCAAUAA